AUGCCCAGCACCAGCAGUCAGGCUGGCAGGGCCGCUGCGCUGACCAGCAGGGCGGACGGCGCAGGGGGUAGGCCAGCCACCAGCAACCUAGCAGAUCAGUCACUGCAGCAGCCAGCAGGGCGUGGUGCUCGGCAGUUAAUUGGUACUGUGCUCGGGCUGUAUGAGGACAGCAGAUACAAGUCUGAAUCGAAAAAGGUGCAUCUGAAACAAGUAGAUCUUAUUGGAUUUGGUUCUGGUCUAGAGGUGGAUCAGAAACUUAAGUAUGCUAACGAUCUUUCGUCGGGUGUGAUAUUCGGGAGAGAGCUUAUGAACUCUCCUGCCAAUGUCCUUACCCCUGCUGUGCUUGCGGAAGCAUCAAAGAUCGCUUCUACAUACAGUGAUGUAUUCACUGCCACAGUAUUAGAUGUGGAGAAAUGCAAAGAGUUAAAGAUGGGUUCCUACUUAGGAGUUGCUGCAGCUUCUGCUAACCCUCCUCACUUUAUCCAUUUGUGUUACAAACUGACUGGUGGAAACGUCAGGAGAAAGCUGGCUAUCGUUGGGAAGGGUCUAACUUUUGACAGUGGCUACAACAUUAAGACUGGGCCAGGUUGCAGCAUUGAACUGAUGAAAAUUGACAUGGGAGGCUCUGCGGCAGUAUUUGGUGCAGCUAAAGCUUUGGGCCAAAUCAAGCCCCCUGGAGUAGAGGUUCACUUUAUAGUUGCUGGCUGUGAAAAUAUGAUUAGUGGUACAGGCAUGAGAACUGGUGACAUUGUGACUGCUUCCAACGGGAAGACCAUUGAGCUAUGUUUCUUCAAGCAUAUUGUGUCUGCUUCCAACGGGAGUACUCAUUAA